CCCCCCCCCCCCCCCCCCCCCCCCCCCCCCCCCCCCCCCCCCCCCCCCCCCCCCCCCCCCCCCCCCCCCCCCCCCCCCCCCCCCCCCCCCCCCCCCCCCCCCCCCCCCCCCCCCCCCCUUAAAUAAAAUAUUUAGCUAAUCAUAUUAAGAUUUCAUAGUUAAAAGUAACAGCAGGAAAGAUAUGCAUAAUCUUAUUUUGUCUUCUACAAAAACGUUUGAAUAAAAUCCAGACUAACAAGAAAAGAAACUCACUAUUUUCAUAAUAAUGCCAUAAUUUUGAAUGCUGGCAUUUAUUGUUUAGCAAGUUGAAUAUAGAUUGUUUAAAAUAAUUUACAGAGAAUUUAGUGAGUAAUAUAAACGAAACAGUUUCAAAUGCUAGCGUUAUUGUUAUAAUCAAACAACCGAUACAACUGACAAUAGCAUAAAUACGUAUAUAUAUAGUCUAACAGUACACUGAACUAUACAGAUGUGUGUGAACAAAGAAUAUUAAAAAUUUAUAGAAUUUUCUUUACGUAGAACAAAAGGUAUAGUAUACACAAUGAAGGGUUUCACUUAUUACAGGACAAAGCCACAAAUAAAUAAAGAACAUAAACAGAUUCUCCUAGAAAAAGCUUUGUACAACUUGAACUUCUUAAUCCGUCGAUCUGUGUAAUAUGCUGAGUUACAAUACAAUAGUACUACAGUUGUCUUUUCCCUGCCUUUGCUAUAAUAAAAGGUAAAAUAGCCUAUCUUAUAGGUUAGAGAAUGCUCUACAAACUUAAUUUGUAAUAGAAUUUUAUUAGCAUUUACCGUUGUCAAAACUCUUGGAACCUUAUCUCUUCGUAUGACCACCCAGAGCACACUGGGCAACCACGUGGAUAUUUGGUAAAAUUUUGAAAGUAUACUUUUUCAAGAUUUGACGACCGCCUAAUAUAUUGUGAAAUAAAGGCUAUAUAACCACAUAAUUCUUUUUAUUCCAGCUCUCGCAAUUAGCCAGAGAAAUUUAGAGCGCAAAACUAGUGGAAAAAUGCGCGUAGUAAGAGAAAAAAUUUUUCAUUAAUUAAAAAAUUCAUAACCCAGUCAAAAUUCAUCCAGGCUACUUCAGAAUAUUAAUAUAUACUCUAUUUAUGUGCAGUACACUGUACAGCUCAUAAAUGUUUUAAAAACUAACAGAAAACACUUUAGUUUUUGGAAAGGUUUCCCAAAAAACUAUCGGAACUAAGAGAGUAUUUUUCAGUGAUCUUAAAUACAGAAUCAAAUAGAGCGGUUAAAAUAGCUUAUAUCUUGAUAUUCCGAUGUAGCUUGGAUGGAUUUUAACUGAGUUAGGAAUCUUUUAAGUUUUGAUGAAAAUAGUCGAAAAUUAUUAUUUCAUCUGGUACAUGUUUUUACUCAAUUCUUGCAUUUUCCUCCGAAGACUAACAUUGCCAUGAGGCCGUGGUCGGUAACCUAUGUCUUCAUGUAUUUCUCAAAGUUCUAGAUUGAGGAAUGAAGAAAUCCCAAGGCAUCGGGAAAAACGUCUGAAGUUCACUAACCAAGCAAAAUGAAACUUUUGCUUACUUCUUAGUUUGUGGAGAACACUUUGGACUAUUCAUCUGUAAAAGAAAAACGAUACAUUACUGUAUUGAUGUUCAGAAAUCUGAGGUGGUUUUCUAAAGAUCUUCUAGAAAUCCGAUCUUCCAAAUACUUCCGAAAGACGAUUUGGUUUAUGGAAGUAUAGCUUAAUGUGUCUUUUAUCGAUUGCUGAAAACCAUACAUCCCUAUCUUUUAUCGUUUCUAAGUUAUUUGAAAAACAACCGAGUGCCUUAUAUUUUGGCGCCGAUAAAAGUUAAAACUGGAAUUUCCACUGACAAGAAUCCAAUGGAAAUUGAAAUUUUAAGCUCCAUUAGUGGAGUUUGAAACUUUAAUUUCAACUGUAACAUAUACAUAAACAUUAAACCAAAAAACUUUUAUAGUCAGUUUCAGAAAAUUUUCUCAUGUUGUAUAUUUUCAGAAAUCAGCCCAAAAAGUGUUAGAUGAACUUCGGGAAAUUGGUUCAGUGGAUGAUGUUAGAAGAGAAUUAUUACAAUAG